GACCCAAUUGGAGGCAGUAGAAUGUUCGGAGGCAACGGGGGAGGGUAUGCGGGCAGCGGCGACUGCGCCGAGGGCUACGGGCUGGGCUACGUGGCGGGCGGAGGCCGCCUUCAGCAGUACGCGCACUUCCCACACCAGAACGUCUGGCAUCACCAUCACACUCCGCACCACGACACUUACGGCAGUAGCAGCGUUGGUGGCGUCGGCUCCAUGGCCGGCGGCCUGUACCCCCAGAACAUGGUGAUGGGUUCCUGGUGCGCCCCAUACGACGCACUGCAGCGCCCCCCUGCAUACGAUGGCGGUCUGGAAUCUUACGAAGAGGGUCGUGAGUGUGUUAACUGCGGCGCCAAUAACACCCCGCUGUGGCGCAGGGACUCCACGGGGCACUACCUGUGCAACGCAUGCGGCCUCUACCACAAGAUCAACGGCGUGAACCGGCCGCUCGUCAAGCCCAGCAAGCGGCUGUCGGCUGCGCGGCGCCACGGGCAGUGCUGCACCAACUGCGGGUCGCGCAACACCACGCUGUGGCGGCGCAACAACGAGGGCGAGCCCGUCUGCAACGCCUGCGGACUCUACUACAAGCUGCAUGGAAUUAAUCGGCCAUUAGCAAUGAGGAAGGACGGGAUUCAAACAAGGAAAAGGAAACCGAAAAAGUCUGCUAAUGGAGCUAAAUCCGCACAAGAAAGUUCCAAGAAAGAAGGACACUGUUCACCCGGCGUUGAUGAAAGCAAGCCAAGCGUUUCAGAAGUGCCAUUGCCUUUAACGGCGUCUAUGUCUAGUCACGGGUCCCUCUCGAAGGCCCGCGCAGAGGCACACUCGUCGGAGACGUCCCCUCACGCGCACUCGCACAGCCAAGGGCACGGGCACACGCAGUACCCCCUGGGCCUGCCCGCGGCUCCUGGCUUCCUCUCCAACCCUUCUAUCUUCAACAUUAAGAGUGAGCCAAACGCCCCCAACGGCUACGACGGAUAUGCGACUCACUCUGGCAGCCAUUACCACUCGCAACAGCACUACUUGCACGCAUUACAGUACGGCCUCGGUAACAACGAAGAAGAAGAAGGCAGCGGGUUCCUCCACCAGCGCAACGUGACCGCGCAUGCCAAGCUCAUGGCCUCCACGUAGCGCUCCCCGAGACUGUCCACUGGACGAGACUAACUAACUCAUAGCUACACUUGAAUACUAUGUCAUUUAGGUGAACCUUACGCAAGUGGGACAGUGCGGAAUAACAGUGGCGUAGCCGUGGCACCGCUCGGGCACCGCAUUUUGAGACAAUAUCACCCCACCAAUGCAUUCCACAAAUUAGAUAAUGAACAAAUGCCAAGGAA